AUGACAACAUCUGGACAUUCUACAGUGAAAACUACAAAGAUGACAACAUCUGGACAUUCAACAGUGAAAACUACAGAAAUGACAACACCUGGACAUUCUACAGUGAAAACUAAAGAAGCGAUAUCACCGAGACAAAAAUCUAUAAUGACAACACCUGGGCUUUCUACUGUGAAAACUACAGAACAAACAACACUUGGUCAAUCAGAAUUGACAUCUACCGACAUGACAAAGCCCCGACAGUCGACAAAAACCACCUCACAAAUAACCAAACAUGUACCAUUUAAAGUAACAACAACAGAAAUUACAACAAUAGGUCAACCAAAAGUGACAACUACCGACAUGGCAAUACCGGGAAAGUCGUCAGUCACUAACACACAAAUAUCAAAGAAUGAAGCAACUAAAGUGACCACGACAGAAAUUGCAACACUUGGUCAAUUACAGAUGAUAACUACUGACAUGAAAAUGUCUGGACAGCUAUCAGUGACAACCUUACAAGUAACAGAACCGAGAGCAACUAUUAAAACUACACAAACUUUUAUAAAGUCCGAGGUCAUCUCUGUUCAACAAACCACUCCACUUGAAUGCCAAUGUCCAUGUUCUAGUGUUGUCAAAAGAAAAUGGGAUUUCUUACGUGGAAUGAAUCUUUCUCUUGAUCAAUUAAGAAAAUUAAUGAAGCCAGAAUUAGACUUAAUGACGAAAGAACUGAGUGUCAACAAAUCUAAUACGACCCGGAUGAAGCGUUCCAAGAUGUCGGCUCCAGAUGAUCGGGGAUCGGCGACAUCCGUAGGAUAUGUUGGUGUCGUCUUUAUUUGUUUUAUAGCCGUGUUAAUUGUUUUCUUUGACAUACUAGGCUGCAUUGAAGCCAAGUUGAAAAGACGUUCAUGA